AUGUCUGAGAACGUCGGUCUGUCUACUCCACGAGGCAGUGGCACCUCCGGUUACGUCCAGAAGAACCGUUCUCUUCUCAAGCCACGCGACCGAGCCGCACCGUAUCCAAAGGAAUGGGACCAGGCGAAGCACCGCCCACGGCAACCUGAUCAAGAGAUCCUCGAACAUGAAGCGAAGCGGGAGAUUGAGGUUAAGGUAUUCGAGCUCAGGGACAAGCUCGAAGAAGAAGGGGUCGAUGAAGAUGAGAUCGAUGACCGAUGCGAUGCUCUGCGCAAGAAGUUAGAGGCCGAGCGACAGGCUGGCAAAGGUGCUGGACCAAACGCGCGAAACCUGAAGUCACAUCAAGUUCACGAUCUCGCGAAAGCAAAGAUGGAGGAAAGCGAGCGUCUCCGGAAAGCAUUAGGGAUCAGUCAAGACUACGAAGAAGGAAGCCACUGGCGGAAGCAGGAGGAAAGACUCCGUGAAUCAUUGGCAAAGAGGGGUGAAGAAGAGGAAGAGGAACUGCGCCGCGAGAAGGAGAAGAAGAGGAGAGAAAGCGAGAAGGAAUAUGAUGAUGAGUCCGAUUGAGAACAACGUCAGCGAAGUCCUGCGCAACCAGCGUGUCUUCAAAUGCACGCGCUAUGUUCGCGUUCGAGGAAGCAAGAUGAACGAAUGAUAAGAUGCAGUCUCGAGAGACGAGAGAGAGAGAGAGCUCAUUCAUGGAAGCGUCACAGGUACGACUCCUUCGAUGCGCGUGCCCGGCCUACCGCGAAUGGAGCAUAGGCAUUUCUUCAAGUUGGUUACGAUCUAGUGUGAGGAUUUCGUUCGCUGAACGUACCUGGCCAAAGCCUUCAUCGGCAUAGCUAAUCGAUAACUAAAAGUGUUGCACCACUUAGAUGCAUGGGAUUGGCCGUUUCUUCCGCAAUCUCAACGAAAAGCAAACAAUCUACCAUUGUUGUAGACAUAGCGUGGGAUCUUUCCGUUAUGCACUUGUAACAAUCGUUGGUACGAAAUCAAAGGGUAGUCAGUAUUCGGUAGCUUGGGGAGUUCAUAAUUCCUAAUAAUGACAAUACAUCAUAUUGAUGUGC